UCACUUUAGCAAUGAGGCCGGGACACAGUCGUUGGGAACGGAACUUAUAUUUAGAGUCUGUGAAGAGACUGAACCGCGGACCAAAUUCAGACUAACGCCGGAACCGUGCGCAUCCGUCUCCGGGAGGCCGCGAGGUUUUCCGGGAAGCUAGCCAAUCAGAUUUCCGACGCAUACUCAGUGGCGGCAUUUUCAACUAGAUGAACAGGCUGCAGUCCCGCCCUCACGUUCCUCUGUUUUGUGCGAAGGUAGCCGAUGGGGAUCGGAAGGGUGGCGGUUGAGCUGUUGGAACUGCUAGCGUCUGAGCGAAGCCUUGGGUGGUCGUCAUCCUAAUGAGCGGACGGCAAAGAACACUUUUUCAGACGUGGGGCUCAAGCAUUUCUCGGCCCGCCGGAGCUCCGGGUUGCAGCUCUGGACCUGAGCGGCCUCAGAGCCCUGGCAUCUCUAGGGCACAUUUUCCUCCCGCUGCAGAGGCUACCGAGGCUCAGCGGGAGUCAGACGAUGAUGUAUUGCUGGUUGCAGUGUAUGAGGCGGAGCGGCAGCUGAGUUUAGAGAAUGGCGGUUUCUGCACCUCAGCGGGCUCCCUGUGGAUUUACCCUACUAAUUGCCCAGUGCGGGACUACCAGCUGCACAUUGCUCGGACCUCUCUGUUCUGCAACACGCUGGUGUGUCUGCCUACCGGCUUGGGAAAGACCUUUAUUGCCGCCGUGGUCAUGUACAAUUUCUACCGGUGGUUCCCUUCCGGCAAGGUGGUCUUCAUGGCCCCCACGAAACCCUUGGUCACACAGCAGAUCGAGGCUUGCUACCGAGUGAUGGGUAUUCCGCAGUCCCACAUGGCCGAAAUGACAGGAUCUACUCAGGCUUUCACCAGGAAGGAAAUAUGGCACAGUAAGAGAGUCCUUUUUCUUACACCUCAAGUCAUGGUAAAUGAUCUUUCUAGAGGAGCUUGUCCUGCUGCUGAAAUAAAGUGUCUAGUUAUCGAUGAAGCUCAUAAAGCUCUUGGAAACUAUGCAUAUUGCCAGGUUGUAAGAGAAUUAGUCAAAUAUACAAAUCACUUUAGAAUCUUGGCUCUUAGUGCCACACCAGGUAGUGAUAUAAAGGCUGUUCAACAGGUUAUUACUAACCUACGAAUUGGGCAGAUUGAACUUCGUUCUGAGGAUUCUCCAGAUAUUUUGCCAUAUUCUCAUGAAAGGCGAGUUGAAAAGCUAGUUGUUCCCCUUGGUGAAGAACUUGCAGCCGUCCAAAAGGCAUAUAUCCAGGUUUUGGAGGCAUUUGCCGGUUCUUUGAUUCAGAAGAAUGUUUUGAUGAGAAGGGAUAUCCCCAAUCUAACAAAAUACCAGAUAAUUUUGGCAAGAGAUCAAUUUAGGAAAAACCCAUCUCCAAAUAUUGUGGGAAUACAACAAGGCAUAAUUGAGGGAGAGUUUGCUAUUUGUAUUAGUUUAUAUCAUGGUUAUGAAUUAUUGCAGCAAAUGGGAAUGAGGUCAUUAUAUUUCUUCCUUUGUGGAAUUAUGGAUGGAACUAAAGGAAUGACUCGGACAAAAAAUGAACUUGGCCGAAAUGAGGACUUCAUGAAACUCUAUAAUCAUCUAGAGUGCAUGUUUGCACAUACACGUGGUACUUCAGCAAAUGGCUUUUCUACUAUACAAAAAGGAGAUAAAGAUAAAAAAUUUUUUUAUAGUCAUCCAAAGUUAAAGAAAUUAGAAGAAGUUGUAGUUGAACACUUCAAGUCAUGGAAUGCUCAAAACACCUCUGAAAAGAAAUGUGAUGAGACCAGGGUUAUGAUCUUCUCUUCGUUUCGAGAUAGUGUUCAAGAAAUUGCAGAAAUGCUUUUACAGCAUCAGCCAGUCAUUAGAGUGAUGACUUUUGUUGGCCAUGCCUCAGGGAAAAGCGUGAAGGGAUUUACCCAGAAGGAGCAACUGGAGGUUGUGAAACAAUUUCGUAGUGGUGGUUAUAACACAUUGGUUUCUACUUGUGUUGGUGAAGAAGGUUUGGAUAUAGGAGAAGUUGAUCUUAUAAUAUGUUUUGAUGCCCAGAAGAGCCCAAUUCGUCUUGUACAACGAAUGGGUAGAACUGGCCGCAAACGUCAAGGCAGAAUAGUUGUUAUCCUUGCCGAAGGACGAGAAGAACGUACUUAUAAUCAAAGUCAGUCCAACAAAAGAAGUAUUUAUAAAGCUAUUUCAGGUAGCAGGCAGAUUCUUCAUUUUUACCAAGGAAGUCCACGAAUGGUUCCUGAUGGAAUCAAUCCAGAAUUACACAAAAUGUUCAUUACGUGUGGUGUCUAUGAACCAGAGAAGCCUCGGAACUUGCAGCGGAAGUCCUCAAACUUUUCCUAUAAGAACGGAAUGAAGCAGAGUAAUUCAAAAAAAGAUUGGUUCUUAUCAGCAGAAGAAUUUAAAUUAUGGAACAGACGUUAUAGGUUAAGAGAAAGUGAUGAAAUUAAGGAAAUAACAUUUCCUCAAGUUCGGUUUUCGUCUUUAGAAAAUGAGGAAAACAUAUCAAUCCAGGAACCAAACAUUGGAAUUUAUCAACUCUCUCUUUCUGAAUGGAGAGUGUGGCAGGAUCGUCCUUUUCCUACGUAUCAAGUUGACCACUCAGAUCGAUGCCACCAUUUUAUAAGCAUUAUGCAAAUGAUAGAAGGAAUGAGACAUGAAGAGGGAGAAUGCAGCUAUGAAUUGGAAAUUAAACCUUACUUACAUAUGGAAGAUAUUAGCUCAGUAUUUAGUGCUCCCAGGAAUGAUUAUAAUCCUCCUGCCAAUGGCCCCGUUACUAGUAAUAAGAAAUCUUCAUUUUCAAGGAAUAUAAAUCAUAGAAGUUCAUACUCAGUGACAGAAUCUGAUGAAGAAUGUGCUGAAAUUUUUAAACAAAUUCAUAUCAAACCUGCUAAAAUUGCUUCUCUAAAGAAAAAAGCCUCUGAAGAAUUUAAAAAAGAUCAACCUAUUAAAGAAAAUAAUGAUGUUAUGGAUUCUUUAGAUACUGAUGGAAGUACUACUGUUGAAAAUAUUUUUCAGGUAGACCUGCUAAAUGAUAAAAGGGCAUCAGAUAAAGAGGAAGUUGCGGUUACCAUAUGUGCUAUCAAUGAAGAUGUUAGUCAGCCACAUGGAUUAAUGGAAUGUCAAUUUACAAAUAAAUCUAGUUCAUUCGCUGCAAAUUUUUUAGAUUCUGGUUAUAACAGUUUCACUGAUGAGAAAUAUGUUUCAUCUAGCAUAUUUCUUCCAUUUGAAAAAGAGCUUUGUAUAGCUAAAACAGAUGACCAAUUGCAUAGUUGCCAUUCAUUAACAAAAGAGGUACUAGAUAAUGUAGAGAGAUUUUUAUCUCAUUCUCCUCCACCUCUCAGUGGACUCUCAAAUUUGGAAUAUGAAAUUGCUAAGGGUUGUAAACUUGAUCAUUUCCUACCUUACACUGAAUAUUUACAAAAUGAUAAAUCUACUUGUUUGAUGUCAUAUUUACCUACAAAUUCUCAACAGGAUUUGGAAUUGAAUUCACUGAAAUUUAUUAAUCAUUCUUCUGAAAAAAGUUGCUUUUAUACUGCAGCCAAUGAUAAGAUUUCUGAUGAGCCAAGUUUCUAUGACUAUGUUGAUAAAGUACAUAAAGAAGAUAAUAAAAAUGAAAAUUUAGUAUCCAGGAAUCAUACUCAAAUAAACAUAGGCCCUCCGAAGUAUUCAGUUGAAGAAAAAAAUUGUGAUACAGAUAACAAUGGCCUCCCAGUAUUGCUCACUAAACAGGAUGAGAGUUUACCCCUAUUCAAAGAUGUUAAUACAGAGUCUAAUGAUGUGCGUCUUUUUCCCUCAAACAAUAAAUAUAAAUCUUCAUGUGUGUCAGACAAUACUGCUUUAAGUGAAGUUACACUGGUCUCUCACUUCUUAAUUUCUGAUGAACUAUUGUUAGAUGAUAAUUCUGAACCCCAAGAUCAAAUUAUCUGUGAUAAUAAUAGUUGGAAAACUCAUGAAGAUUUGAACGGUGUCCAUGAGGAAAAACUGAAGCAUGAUGAAUAUGUUUUUGACUGCUCUAAAGAUUUAUUUUCUGUUACUUUUGAUUUAGGAUUUUGUAGUCCACAUUCUGAUGAUGAAGUAUUAGGACAUGCAUCAGAUACAAAUAAGAAUAAAAUUUUAGAUGAGCUUUCUGGAAGGUGUUUAGAUAUUAAGGAGACCAAUGAUGUAAAUUAUGUUUCAAAUCAAGCAAUAAUACCACAAGAUCCUGUUGCUAGUUCUAUGGGUAGAACUAUUACUGUCCCAUCAAGUGAAGAUAAGUGGAAACCAAGUUUUGCACAUUUUUCACGGAGUACAGCAAAAAAUAAAGAAUUUCUGUCUCCUGGUUAUUGUCAAUUUUCUUUGCCAGUAGGAGAAAAAGUUAUGAGUACGCCACUUUCUGAAUCAAACACCUUGAACUUAUUUUCUAAGAGGAAAGAAAUGCCUUGGACACCAGAUUCUCAUCUACAGAGUUUCAAAGAAACAUUUAAUUCAACUUUUGUUGAUUCAGGACUUUCUGUAGAAAAGGCUAAAAGCAGGGAAAAAAUCAGUCUUUGUCAAUCCUGUCAUCCUGCUGAAGGUGAACAAUUAACAAGCAGUGAAAGUGAAAAUGAUGAAAUUUUCCGAAGAAAAAGUAAAAGAACAAAAGGAAAUGUUUUAGAAUCCCCUGAGGAUCAGAAAAACAAUGAAGUUGAUUCCCCACUACAUGCUGUAAAAAAGCGCAGGUUUCCUCCAAACAGAUUAGAAUUAUCAUCUAGUGAUGAAAGUGAGAAUUUUCACAAACAACAUCUACAAUUAGAAGACUUCAGGGGUUAUAAUAGGACUGCAAAAAGGGGCAUCAAAGUCCAAAAGAAACAGAGUUACCUUAAGCUUGCAGCUAAGAAGUUUUUAGAUUACGAAGCAGAGCUCUCCGAACAAGAGGCAGAGUAUGUUUCAUCAGAUGAAAAUGAUGAGUCAGAAAAUGAACAAGACUCCUCAUUACAUGACUUCUUAAAUGAUGAAACUCAACUUUCACAGGCUAUAAAUGAUUCUGAAAUGAGAGCUAUUUACAUGAAAUCUUUGCGCAGUCCAUUGAUGAGCAAUCAGUAUAAAAUGGUCCAUAAGAAACAUAACAACAUAAAUAUUUUCUCACAGAUUCCUGAGCAAGAUGAAACCUACUUAGAAGAUAGUUUUUGUGUUGAUGAAGAUGAGUCUUACAAAAGCCAAUCAAGUGAAGAAGAAGUGUGUGUUGAUUUCAACAUAAUAACUGAAGAUUGCUUUGCAAGUGGGAGUAAAAAAUAUAAAACCCGACGUGCAGUAAAGCUAAAACAAAUGGAGAUGAGACAGAAUUGUGCACGUUCAAAAAAGAAAUUAUCCAGAAUUAUUUUACCAGAUGAUUCAAGUGAGGAGGAAAACACUGUAAAUGAUAACAGAGAAUCCAGUAUUGUGGUUAACCCAAGCACUGUUAAUAAGAGCAACCAGCAGGACCAUUGUUCGAAUAUAGUGUGUUUUGGGUCUUCAUUGCAGUCCAAGGACCGUUGUGCCCCAGUUGUUAAUCAGUCACCACAGCAGAGACAACAGACACCACUUCAUUUAAAGGAUGCAGUUUCUGACUUCAAACCUCAGAGCUGUAAUAAAAUUGAACCUACCUCACCGUCAUUCUCUUCUGUUGAUUCACAGAAAGACUGUAGAAAAUUUCCAAUUCAUUUAAAGGUUGGUCGUACUCUGGAGGAUUUGAGAACUUCCGUGGCAAAUUGUUCCAAUUCAAGACCACAUUUGCCUGGCACAUAUGCUUCUCUUAGACUUCCACAGGAAGGCCAAAGAACUUGUAUUCUUGUAGAUAGUUGUGAAAUCACUUCUGGAUCAGAAGUAAUUUCUUCCCUAAGAGCAAUUCAUGGCUUACAAGUAGAGGUUUGUCCUCUUAAUGGCUGUGAUUACAUUGUGAGCAACCGCAUGGUGGUGGAAAGGAGGUCUCAAUCUGAGAUGUUAAAUAGUAUCAAUAAGAACAAACUCAUUGACCAGAUCCAGUACCUACAGAGCAUGUUUGAAAGAAUAUGUGUGAUAGUGGAGAAGGACAGAGAAAAAACAGGAGACAUAUCCAGGAUGUUUAGGAGAACAAAGAGCUACGACAACUUGCUGAGUGCCUUAAUUGGUGCUGGAAUCCGAAUUCUUUUCAGUUCCUGCCAAGAAGAAACUGCAGAUUUGCUAAAGGAACUAUCUUUACUAGAACAAAGAAAGAAUGUUGGUAUUCAUGUUCCAACGGUGGUGAGCAGAAGUAAAUGUGAGGCACUUCAAUUUUAUCUAAGUAUUCCCAAUAUAAGUUACAUAGCUGCAUUAAAUAUGUGUCACCGGUUUUCUUCUGUGAAAAAGAUGACUAACAGCUCACCUCAAGAAAUCUCUUUAUGUGCACAAGUAACUCAUCAGAAGGCUGAGGAGAUAUACAGAUAUAUUCACUAUGUAUUUGAUGUGCAGAUGUUACCAGAUGGUCAACCAAAGUAGACUACAAUCUGAUGCAUGAUCAUAUUGCUCAGGCUCAAAUUUACCCUUUGGAAUCUUGCUAUAAUGGACUGGACUUUUUGAACAUUUCUCCCCACAGUGGGCAUGAUUUAAGCUUUAUCAGUAGAAGGAAGGGGCUUCUUUCUGGCUCCAGUUUGCUAUUCUGCUGCUGCUUAUUCCUGCUACCUGUUGUCAGUGGUGCAGGUGGGGGGGGGGGGGACAUUUGGUGGUACCAUGCCCUAGCUGCAUUCCAGAAGCAUGCAGUUCCUCAACAACUUCCUACUGACCUGGGAAUGAUGACCACCUUGCAGCACCUCCCAUGCAGACACCAGUGUGCUCAUAUUCUUUGUGUCCAACCACCAGACAAAAUAUUCUAUUAAUUAACCUGGUGUGAGGGUGACAACCUAGAAGAUUUUAUUUAUUUAUGCUUGCCGUGUACAGAGCUCUAUCCAUAUUUAAGCUGCAGUAGUCUUCUUUAUACUUUCAUUGGUAGCGCUUAACUGUCAACCUUACUGAUUAUUAAUCCAUCUUUAAGCCUACUUUUAAGUUUCCUUUGGAGGUUACUUUAAGGCUUACUAGCUUAUCUUAUGACCUGAUGGAAAGAAAUGGAACUAACCAAGUACCUGGCAAGUGGGAUACAGUAAAGUAGACUAGGAAGGACACUGAAUGAGUUCUAGCAGGACAAAGGGAAUUGGGAAGGGGGGGAAGGCCGCACUUUAGGGUGUUAAGUCUGUGCUAUAUCAAAAUUAUCCUUUUGUUUCCCAUUAUGGAAUUUAAGUACCCUCUAACUCCUUAAAAACACUAUCCAUUAACAUUAAACAGCAUGGUAUUAUACCAAAUAUUGGCAAUUUAAGUCAUAAAACUGUAUUUCACUAAGAUAAUCUCUUCAUUUGUUCCAUUCUACAUCUUAGUCUUUGUGGCAGAAACAAUUAUGAACUCAGUCUAAUAUCUCAGCAAUAUUCUUUUCAAAUCUUAUGUUUCCAAAAGUUUAAUAGUUAUACAACUGAUUGUUACUGACUAAAUUCUUAAGAAACAAGAAAACAUAUUUUUUACUAAAAGUUCUGAGAAUUUUUGAGGCAACAAGCUGAACCAAUAACAAAGUGCAUAUUUAUUUACUUUUUAUGAUCCAGUAAUCAAACAACAACAACCAAAAUACAAAUGUUAUAAAACCAAACCAAGUUUAUUUGAACAAUCUAACUGGAGAGAAAAGGUAAGUGAAUAUAUACUAUAACCACAGGAAAAAUAUUGUAUGUCAAAUUUCAAAACAGAGUGGCAAAAUGAGCUAAAUAAUGUUUAUUUCUAAAGGAGCUGAAAAGAAAAUGUUCACUAUAACAUGGUUUAUUAACUUCUUACAAUGUAGUUCAACUACUUGAAUGUUUGCCUAAUCCAGUCUUUUUGAGACCAAUGUCUGCAUAUGUAAAUAAGGCGUAAUGCAACAAAAUUUGUUCUCUGAUUCUACCUAAUAAAAUACCGAAAAAGCAAUAAAUUAAAUUUAUAUAGGUUUCAUAGGUAUGCUAAUCACAAGUUUUAAGAAAAAAACCUGGAGAAAGAGUGUCACGUUAGUUUCAACAACAUGUAAUUUAAACAUUAAAUCAAUUCUGGCUUGUAUACCAAGUGAUAACAAAUGCUAACUCAGACAUUUUCAUGUACCUAGUAUCCAGUACCCAGCAAUUCAGUCUACUUUUCAUUCUCCCUCCCCAACCCUAUUCCUAAAGGGAGCAAUAUUUUCUUGGAAGCUUUUAAAAAAUCUGGAACAUGAUUUUCUUAAAGUAAGCAGACUUGGAUGCUUAAGCGAGACUUAUCUAGAAUUUUUUUUAAGAUUUUAUUUAUUUGACAGAGAUCACAAAUAGAGAGGCAGGUGGGGGUGGGGGGAG